CAUCGCUGAAGCAGGAGUUCCCUCUAGCUGUGGAUAGAGGAUUAAUGGAGGGGGUCUGACUGUCGAAUUAUGCGAACUACAUAGUGCACAAGACCGAAUUGCUUUAUCAACAUAAACAAGCAAGCGAUCACGCUACCGAAAAAAUACGGCGAAGACGGCGUGCAGCGACAGGAAUCGCGCACGGACGGUGAAAACGAGGGCUUGUGUCGCUCAAGAGGAAAGUCGAGGGCCUCGCUCAGGGUUAGCAGAGCGAGGAAGAGGAGCGAGAGAAGGAGAAGAAGACGGGCUCUUCGCCUUAUUUUAGCAGACUGGACCCGACCCGGGAGCACUGAGAGACAUUACCGAACCACAAGCGCUGCAAUCAGACAGCUACUGUUAGCUAGCUAGCGCUCGCUAGCUAGCUAACCAACUAACCAGCUACUAUCAAGCUUCAGACUUUAUGUGAUCUGACAGCAUACUGUGAUCCAACGAGUUAUGUUCAGACACAGCUAGUGCGACGGCCGCAGAAAUCGUAUGAUAAGCAAGGGGACGGAGUCUUAAGACAGUUGGCGUAAAGAAAAGUCGAUUUAGAUCUGCUAUACCUGGCCUGCAAUCAUGGGCAACGCGCCCACCGCCAAGAACAAGGGCAAUGAGAUGGAGAGCGUUAAGGAGUUUCUCGCUAAAGCCAAAGAAGAUUUCCUAAAGAAAUGGGAGAACCCAGCACAGAACACUGCGUCUCUGGACCAUUUUGAGCGGUUGAAGACUCUGGGCACCGGCUCCUUUGGACGAGUCAUGCUAGUCAAGCACAAAGAAUCAGGCCAGCAUUUUGCCAUGAAGAUCCUCGACAAACAGAAGGUGGUGAAGCUGAAACAGAUAGAACACACACUGAAUGAGAAACGCAUCCUGCAGGCCGUCAGCUUCCCCUUUCUCGUGCGAUUGGAGCAUUCUUUCAAGGAUAAUACUAACCUGUAUAUGGUAAUGGAGUAUGUUCCUGGCGGAGAGAUGUUCUCUCACUUGCGUAGAAUCGGACGAUUCAGUGAGCCUCAUGCCCGAUUUUACGCCGCCCAAAUAGUUCUGACCUUUGAAUACCUUCACUCGCUCGAUCUCAUCUACCGAGAUCUGAAGCCUGAAAACCUGCUCAUAGACCAGCAGGGCUACAUACAGGUAACAGAUUUUGGAUUUGCUAAACGUGUAAAGGGCAGGACCUGGACACUGUGUGGCACACCUGAGUACCUGGCACCAGAAAUCAUCCUCAGUAAAGGCUAUAAUAAAGCUGUGGACUGGUGGGCUCUGGGAGUGCUGAUCUACGAGAUGGCUGCUGGUUACCCGCCGUUCUUUGCUGACCAGCCCAUCCAGAUCUACGAGAAGAUUGUCUCCGGGAAGGUCCGCUUUCCUUCACAUUUUAGCUCUGACCUGAAGGAUCUGUUGAGGAAUCUGCUGCAGGUUGAUCUGACGAAGCGCUUCGGGAACCUGAAGAAUGGCGUCAACGACAUCAAGGGCCACAAAUGGUUUGCAACCACCGACUGGAUCGCAAUCUACCAGAAGAAGGUGGAAGCCCCGUUCAUCCCUAAGUGCAAAGGCCCCGGGGACACCAGCAACUUCGACGACUACGACGAGGAAGAAAUCCGGGUCUCUAUCACGGAGAAAUGUGGAAAGGAGUUUGCUGAAUUCUAGAAGCAGCAGCAGCAGCGGUGGAGGAGAGGCAUGGGGAGAGAUUAGACGUGGGGCAACUGAGAGAAGAAGACAACGAUGAGGUUUUCCAAGUUGGGAUGAUGGACUGGACUGAGCCUGUAUUCGGUAACAACAACGCAGAGCCCUCACACACAGACAGAGGGAGAAGAAGAGUCCUGAGAGAGAGAGAGACGCCAGCAGUGUUGCCUUUUCAGAUCCUUCGUCACUUGUUACUUGUCCAUUUUCAUGUUUUCCCUCUUGUUUGGUAGCCAGGGUCCAUUGGGCAGAGAUUCAGUCACCUCUCUGUGACUGGCUGGCAUGGGGAUAUUUGUGACUACUUUUUUGUUUGUUUGUUUUUUUUCUCUCUCCAGAGAUAUAGAGGUUACUUUCUGGUACUGAAUUUUGGCUUCUCCAGAGAAAAUUACCCCAUAUUACUACAAUUUUUUUUGUUUGUUUUUUUUAAUUAGCAAAGGUGUCCUUGCUCUGUAGUUCUCCACCCUGUCACAUAUUCUUUUCUUUAUUUUAAUUUGCAAUGCACCUAUUGGCAGUCAAUACCAAAUCAAACAAACUUAAACUUGUUCAAGAGUUUUGUUCUUCGAAAGAUCACCCAUUUCCGAUUUGGAUUUCAAGCAUCACACUACCAUUUAUGAUCAUGGAUUAAAGGGAUAGUUCACACAACAAUGAAAUCUGCCAUUUCUGUCUUCCAUUGAACACAAAAGACCACAUUUUGAAGACUUCUGUUUGCUGGCGCUCAUUGACUUCCAUAAAAGUUUACUACUCCUACUAUGGAAGCAUUGUGAUGGGUAUUUCUUGAAAAUAUCUUCUUUUGUGUUCAACAGAAGAAAGGUUUCAAACUACAUGAGGAAGAUUUUUAUUUUUGUGUGUGUUUUCCCUUUAAUUUGGCGCAGUUUCCUGCAAUGCUGUCAGAUCAGGCAGAAUUAGCCGCUUAAUAUAGAAGUACUUGAUUUGGAUUGAUCAGCUUUGUGUAUUUCAAGUCCUAAAAAUCUAGUCAUAGUGAUGGAUGUGGUUUGUCUUCAAAAAGCGGCCACGGAUGAGACCAUACCUUACUUUAUAUUGCAGAUUUGUAGCAUGUACAAGCAUUCUUGAUGCUUCAAAUCCAUUAUUUCAUCCGUUUGUUUAGUUUCGUUUGAUUCAAAGGAACAUAUUUACAGAAAUCGGUGAACACAAAAUGGAAGGUGUAGUUCAAGCACAAAGGUUUGUAAUGCAGAUGUGAUCGUUUUUAAAAAUGAUGCUUUUAAGGAAAACUAAAUCUGUUAAAGGAAGGCACUGUUUCUGUGGUUACACUGGGUUCCUGAUUGAUUAUGAUGUUGUUUUAUUAUGUAUAGUUUUCUGCUAUGUCACCUGCCAGUGACUAAUUCACCGAAAAAGGAAUAACCCUCUUCUAAACAGCCUAGUCAAGUUGUUUAAAAGUUUGGCAGGUUAUCAAUGCAUUUAACCUCUCUGAGGCUUCACUAUUCAAUCUUUAUUUCUGCUUCAAACAAGCUUGCAGUUCAUAUAGAUUGAGAAAUUGCACUUAAUUUAGUUCAUCUUCAGCAGAACAGGAAGAUUUUAAGCAGAAGCUUUAUUCCUUGGCGAUUGAUCAAAUCAAUGGCAAUUGGCAUUUUUGUAGUCAAACAAAUAUACAGCAUAAACAAAAUGGAUACCUGUGGUUCCAGGACAAUAGUGCUCUUUGGAAAACCGAAGCGAUCAGUCUGUGCAGGAAACUGAAUCUUAUUUAAAACAUUCUAAACCCAAACCGUUUGCUGAAGCUGUGGCGCAUGAGUUUCCUGCUGCAUUAUUCUCGUGUGAGCUGACACUGUUUGUUUACAGCACUUAACGGUUGUAGUAAUGUUGUAAAUAAUGUUCAGUUUCAGCCUCAGGCUGAUUGUUUUGCUUUAUAAGACUGUAAUGUAUCAUGAGCCAUAUUGAUUCAUUUUGUUUUGCCUAUAUGUUUUUUUGACUUUUAAAGUGUUUAUAAUAUCUCACUUAAGGGGUAGUUCACACAACAAGAAAAAUAAUCAUUUAUGUAAUUCAUGUAAAUGUGCUUUUAAACCUAUUUGAGUUUCUUCUGUUGAACACAAAAGAAGAUAUUUUGAAGAAUGCUGGUUGAUGGUGCCCGCAGACUUCCAAUGUAAGGAAAAAUUCCAAUAGAUUUCAGCUACUAGCAACAUUUCAAAGUAUCCUCUUUUGUUUUCACCAGAAGAAAGUCAUACAGGUUGUAAAACAUGUUAAUUAUGGCAGAAUUUUCAAUUUUGGGUAAACUAUGGUUGAAAUUGCAUUUUUUAUUUUUUAUUUUUUUUUUGUAUCUUAUUAAAGGGAUAGUUUACCCAAAAUUUAAAAUUCUGCCAUCAUUACUCUUACUUUUAAAACCUGUUUUGCUUUCUUCUGAUAAAAACAAAAAAAGAUGCUUUGAAUGUUGCUAGUAGCUGGCACCCAUUGACUUCUAGUGUAUAGUUUUCCUUUACAUUGGAAGACUAUGGGCACGAUCAUUCUUCAAAAUAUCUUCUUGUUUUAUCAGAAGAAAGUCAUACAGGUUUUAAAACAGAAUAAAUGAUGACAGAAUUUUUACUUUUUGGUGAACUAUCCUUUAAUAAGAUACCAAAACCUGCCAUUUCAGCCAACAUUCUUUUCUAAUGUUCUAUCUAGAGUAAAUGAACAGCAUUUUUGUUGUUGAUUCGUUCUUUAAGAUACCAACCCCCCUUGUUCAUUUGGCUUAUUGAUAUGAGUUUCUAUCUUUCUAUCUUGCUCUUUGUAGGACGCAAGACAAUCUGAACACACGUCCCCAUGAUUGUUUAGUUUCCAGAUGUGUGCAAUAUUGCAUAGUGUGUUGCAAAGGUUUUAUUUUGUUGUCGCUUCAGAGAAUAUAUUAGAUGUUAAAGGCAAAGUGUGAUUCGUCCACCACUAGGGGCGCUAAAGAAAAAUUGUUGUGAUGGUGUAACUAAACAGAAAGAAUCCUAUAUUUUAUCCCGACAGCUUUUUUUUUUUUUCUCUCCCCCUUUUUCUUCUAAUGAAACGGAAUGGACGAAAAUUUGGAAUUUACGAAAAUUCUAGCUGUGCGAUUGAUCGAAAUCCUGCUAUUCUACGAUUUUUGGUUUAGUUUUUUUGUUAUGAUGACUAGUGUAACUUAAUUUUGCUGAAUGUUUGCAACAAACGAUUGGUGCCAGGUUAAAAAUGGGUUUCGAGCGAUACAUUGUAUGCAUUUUAGUAUCGGAAUUAUCUAACGGACAUCGAAUAGAAAGGGGUAGUUCACCCAAAAAUGUAAAUUCUGCUAUCAUUUACUGACUCGUUAAAAAACUAAUUGAGUUUCUUCUGUUGAACACAGAAGCAUAUAUUACACUGCUUUUGAAGAAGCAACCAGCAUUCUUCAAAAUAUAUUCUUUUUUCAGUUCAACAGAAGUAAGGAGAGUGAAUUCAAUUUCUGGUAAGGUAAUUUUCAUAUUUGGGCGAACUAUCCCUUGAAGGUGAUAUAGUAUUUGUUCAUUUACAUUUACAUCGACAAGUCACCGCAACCUGCCAGGAUCACAGCCAUAAAUGUUUUUGAUCAUUUUAGGUGCUGAAGUACCUUUUUAGAAAUGGGGUGCUGUUUCGUUGUCGUCCUCGCUUCUCCUCGACUAUUGCUGGCAGAUUCGCUCUCCUCGUUUGUAGGAGAAAUGGCUCCAUCGUAUGGCUUCGAAAAACAAUCAGUGUUCAAAGAUUGCUUCUGUUGCGUUUUAGAUUACCCAGCAGGCUCUCGAAGAAGCAACUUGAGACUAUCCUCAACUGGUGCAUAUAAUGAGUUCUAAUGUACAGGUUUUCGUCUGAGCUUUCCCCUCAUCUUCGAGCUUGAUCGUGAUUUAUUUGAAGGGUUUGUUUUAAACGGCAGCGUUUUAAAUGGGUGGCUGGAGAUGAUGGCUCAAACGCACCUUUCAUUACACACUUUUAUUUUCUUUUUGUCGGUCAGAGCAUGGAAAAUACGUGACAUUCUUGGCGAUAUUCAUCCCUCUGUCUGCCUAGCUUUCAGAUACAUGGGUGUCACUCCAGUUUCACACUCAUCUGCUCAUUUACACUGACUGUCGAUCAUCUUUUUGCGUGUGUGCGUGUGUGUGUGCGUGCGCAUCAGUCCAUGAUACAGUUUGCCUUUGUACACAUCCAGUUUCCUACACUCUUCUAUUUGCUUUAAAAAAAAGAUCAUGAAGAAAACAUUUGAUUUACUUUUUGCAUAUUUUCUAAGUGUAUUUUCAAUAACAGGAGUCUCUUUCCUCCCGACAUGGGUAUGGUGAUGGUGUAGUCUAUUGUACCUUUUUUCGGGAAACAAUACUGUAUAUUCUCUGCCUUUAACAGUCUUAAUUAUUUUACCUUCUGGAGAAGUUGACGGAGACCCGUAGGACACAUCGAGUAUGUUUAAAAACGACAAAAAAGAAUAAAAUAAAAAAAAAUUCACAGAAUAAUAUUUUGCAACAUGUAUCAUUCCAAUAAAGUUUUAAUUGUUAAAAUUACAGAAA